UUUUUUAAAACCGGGUCCGCGUUGUUUACAAGAGGGUGCCGGAUGUACGAUGCCCCUGCACCUAAAACUGCUCACUCUUGCGGAACCUCCGUCUUCGCCCUUUUUGCUGAAGAUGACACGUCGUAUCUAGUAAACUAACUCACUGAUUACUUCUCUAUGGCUUUCCUUGUACGACGAAAACAGCGAAAUGCGGAGACGGCGCCUCGCCGCCUCGCCCGUCCAUUCAAGGGGGUCGCUCGGUCAGCCGGCGAUGAGGCAGUAAAACCGGCGUUCGCGUGAAAGGCAACCUGCUCCGAACCGACGACCUCCGCUACCUUGAUACACGUAUAAAACUGUCGGGGCGGCGGGAACAGUUACGAGUUGUCAUACAGCGGGGAAGAGGAGAAGAGGUGGCGCCUACUGGUCCGAUCGCGUUCCCUUGACUAAACUUAAUUUAAGGAUAAAACGACUGAAACGAACUUACAGAGGGAACUCGUACGACUAUUGAGGCUGCACAUACCACACUUUGGGAAUUGUGUUGAACUCUUUUAAGCCAUUCGCAACAUGUCGAUUGUGGUAUUCGUCGUUCUCCUGGGCCUGAGCUGCGCCCCCUUCAGCGCUGCCGAGUCAAGCGACGGCUACGAGGGGCCGCUGCUCUCCAGCUUCAAGGCCGUCCACCAGGACCUCCGCCAGAACGCCGACGGCACCUACGAGUUCUCCUUCUCCCUCCCGCAGCAAUCGCGCUCCGAGCAGAGGGACGCUGACGGGAAGGUCACGGGCGCCUUCGCCUUCGUGGACCCCGAGGGCGAGGAAGUGUCCGUCAACUUCGACGCCGACGACGAAGGCUACAGGCCGGAGAGCGACGCCCUGCCCCAGGCCCCCGAAGACACCGACGACGUCCAGAGCGCCCGCGAUGAGUUCCUCAAGUACUACGAGGAGACGGUGAAGUACCUCGAGGCUCUGGCGUCCGACGAGGAAGACGAUGACGACGAUUCAUCUUCCUCGGAGGAAGACGACUACGACGACUCCAGCUCCGAGGAAGAUUCCGAUGAGGAUUCCGAUGAAGAGGAUUCCGAUGAGGAUUCCGAUGAAGAAGAGGAGGAGGACGAGGAAGAGGAGGAGGAGACACGACCCUUUCGUUUCGGAAGGCAGAGGAAAUUCGACGGCCGUGUCGGGCGCCGCGUCAACGAGCCCUCGCGAGUCGCCCCGAAGGCCCCCCGCGGCAGCGCCUCCUUUCCCCCCGUCCUUCCCUCUUUCGGCCGCAGGAUCUCCUCUUCCUACGACCAGUAACGCCCCCUCCGACAGCAGCAGUGACGUGGCAGUACAAAGAGGAGACUCCCUCCUCACGCUCAACGAUCACUCCACUGCACUGCGUUGCUUCCCUCGCUGUACAACUUCAACGAUGCUUCUACGAGUUAGAUUACCGAGGAAUUUAGAUAUGUAUCUCAUCACGGUGUGAAGUACAUAUCUUCAUUCACUAUUUAUUGUUAGCAUAGAGCUUAUAUAUAUUUAUGUCUCAUAUCGCCAACACGAAAUAUCACCUCACCCUUGCGACCGUGAUCCAGUGGAUCCCCUUCGCACACUCCAUUUGUGAACCAUUGUGUCCUGUAUCUGUGUAGAAAUCUUUCACUAUAUUUCACUGCCUAGUUUAUCGACUGCAUACGAGGGCAGAGCCUUCAGUAUUCUUAGGAAAUAAAUAAAUAUUCAAA